AUGUUUAAAAUACCAGAUUGGGAGGCGGAUAUUUCAAAAACCCAUGUGGAUUUCCUUAAUAAUAUUUCGAAAAAGAAAGCAAAACGGCCAAAAGAGUCUAAUGCUGUUCAAAUUCAGAAUAAGAAAAACAGUGUGGACAAAAAACUGGAUACUGUACAAAUACAACCGAAGGUCAUUAUUAAAAACAAGCAAUUACGAAAGAAACAAUUAGAAGAAAAGAAAGUGAAUACAAAAUCAUUAAUAAAUGGCAACAUUAACCAUUUACAAAAGAAACAAACGCUAAAUGUACCUGUGAAAAUAGCUGCUGAGACUGAAUCUACAAAUUUAGAAGAGAAAAAUAAAUCUCCUAAAAAGCGCAAAGCAAAUGAUACUAUAGUAAAUGAACAUAAUGAAGCUGGUCUUAAUGUUAAAGUCAAAGACUUAGAUUUCGACAGAGCUGAUGAAUUAAUAGUAAAUGCUAAGAAAAAGAAGUUAAAUCAAGUAUAUCAAGAAGAAGACAAGGAAGAGGAAUUAUUCCCUCAAGAAAACAAAAAUAGGCUAUAUUUGAAGAAACAGAAAAUAAAGCAAAUGCUGGUCAAGAAUAAUGUGAACAGAAAUUCUAUUAAGGUUAAUGGGAAUGAUCUUAGGACACGCAUGUUGGAAAGGCUUAAAGCGGCUCAAUUCAGGUACAUAAAUGAGAAGCUGUACACUUCAACUGGCUCAGAAGCGAAAGAACUCUUUCAAUCCGAUCCAUCAGCUUUCCAGACUUACCACCAAGGAUACCAACUACAGGUGAAGAAGUGGCCCGUCAACCCACUCGAUGUCAUUGUGAAAAAGAUUUUGAAAAUGCCUAAAAGUUAUAUAAUAGCCGACAUGGGUUGCGGCGAAGCGACCUUAUCAAAGCGAGUUCCCCAUGCCGUGAGAUCCUUCGACCUAGUGUCUACUACUCCAGGUGUAGAAGUAUGUGACAUGGCGCGGACACCGCUGCUGGCUGCCUCGGUUGAUGUCGCUGUAUACUGUCUUGCGUUAAUGGGAACUGAUCUUACACAGUACUUGGUUGAAGCAAACAGGAUUCUUAAAAUGGGAGGCCAACUUCAAAUCGCCGAAGUAGAGAGCAGAUUUGAUAACGUGGAAUCGUUCGCCCACGAUGUAGAGAAGCUAGGCUUUAAGUUGAAGAAUUUGGACAAGAGCCAUAAAGUAUUUUUCUUCAUGCAGUUUGUCAAAAUUAGAGACUCGCCCAAAAAGAAAAAUAAACUUCCUUCAUUAACUUUAAAACCUUGUUUGUAUAAGAGACGAUGA